UCGUUUUUUAUUUAGUAAAAGUUGAAUUCAGAAUGGAGUUCUAUGAAAAAGUGCGGUUGGAUGAGGGAUCUCGUCAAGACGUUGAAAUGGAACCGCCGUUUCAAGAUUUGAAUUUGCCGCCGGAAUGCGUUGUUUGGGUGAAUGUGAAUGCUUCCAUGCGCAUCGGGGAUUUCAUGAAUCUUUGCUUGAGCCCUUUGAAGAACGGUGACUUCGUGAUACUUUCCGCCAAGGGUCAAGCUACUGCAACUUUGGUGCAACAUGCCGAGUCCUUGAAGCUCAGAGUUCGAGGUCUUCAUCAAGUCACUCGCAUGUGCUACGAAAGAUGCGAAGACCUGUGGAAGCCGCUUGAACCUGGGUUGGACUCCCUGAAAGUUUUGCGUGAAGUUCCUGCGUUGCACAUUCUUCUUUCUACCGUUCUCCCGAAUGAAGGUGUGACAUCGGACCCGGGUUAUUCCUGUCCGACCAAAUCAGAACAACCACGGUCGAAUAACAAAUCGAGGAAUUACCGGGACAAGAGGCGAACCCAUCCUCAAGACCGUGCCUGUUGAUAUUCAUUGUGAUUAUUGUAUUCCAAGAAGCUGUGAUUCUUUUUCCUAUUACACGAGUGCUUGUUGUGUGUUCGACGAUUAUUGAGGCGUGUUUCAGUCUGCCGGUUUUAUCUUGUGUGUUAUCCAAUAUUUCGAGGUGGAAGAAGAACGCGCGGAAAAAAGCAUCCCGCAUUUUUUUGUUUUUGCGUGGAAAGUUUUGGGCGAUUAUCGGGAAAACGUGCCGGAAGUUGAUCCCUAAUUUUUAGGGAAUGUCCGUACGUCUGCCAUUGUUGUAACUGGGCUUUUCCAACUUAAUUCGUUCCUUAGUUUCAUCGGGAAUGGAAAAUAACUGACUUUUCUCCCUGUAAUAAAUUUGUGGGAUUUCAGCAUUAUUAACACGAUGGAGGGAAAAUUGUACUUCGUAGAAAUUUGAUGGCAGCUAUGUAAGUACUGUACCUCUGCGGAAAUGUUUCUUACGAAGCUUUUCGUAAUUUCUACAAUUCUACCAUUCUCAGCAGUAAAAAACUAUCUAAUCGCUCUGUGGCAUUAUUUAUGAAGCCCUUCAAAAAAAAAUAACUGUAACUCAUGGAACUUCUGUGACUAGCAUGUGAAUUAUAGUUUUUUGUCUUCGGGAAUGAUUGCCACACAUUAUUGUGGCAAUCUUCAUCUUCUUUUCUCUGAAAUGAAGAUGUCCGUAUUGCAUUGUGGUAUGUGGUAAUACAUGAGUAAAUACGGGAAUUGAAUUUAUGUUCUCAAAGUCCAGCGUUGAGAAAAUUGUUGUAGCGAAAUGACAAUUUUUAUUUGAACGAAUGGUUAAUCAACCAAUGACAAGAUUAUCCCCGGAAACCUUCUUCUUCUUCUUUCGCUUCCUGAUUUCCUUGUCUGGACUCGGCUGAUACGGUAUGUAAACGUAGUCUUUGUAGCCCCUCUUGGGAUGCUGAUGAACCCAAUAAAUGUGGUCAUCGACUGUGUGAUAGAAGUCGUCGAGGUAUUUUUCGACGACUCUUCUCCUUUUCACUUGUUUCUUUCGCCACUUUCUCAAGUCUGAGAAGUUGUCGUAGAACGGGCCGAAGUGGCUGUAAUCUGGACGUUCUCGCGUUACAACGGUUUUCUUCGGGUCACUGUCCAAAUCCCGUUUUGUUCGCUGGAUUCUCGGCAGGAGGAAGAAGUCCAACUGGGG